AUGUACUUUGGCUUUUUGCUGCCUACAAUAAAUGAAUUGUCAAGUAAACUUGAAGCUAUGAGCAGAAAACAAAUUGUGUAUUGUCAACCCUUGGUAACUGCUUUAUAUGAUGGGGUGAGUAAAAGAUUUGGAGCUCUAGAAGAAAACAAUUUCCUUAUCAUUGCAGCUGUAAGCCAUCCUUCUUUCAAGUGUGCAUGGAUUAAAAAUGAAAUUAGGAAAAAUGUUGCCAUCUCUUUAUUAAAAGAUGCAAUGUAUGAAAUGUAUUCUGACAAAGUGGUUCAAAAUACUGAAGAAUUAAACAAAAAUAAAUCUAGUAGUAGUGAUGAUAGCGAUCAAGAGGAAUAUACUAAUGAUUCGUUUUUUUCUUGGGCCUCAACAAAAAAAAGUCGAAAUGUAUUAGUUGAAAAUGAAAUUGCUGACUUUCUCAACAAGAGUCCAACUAAAAAAAUCAACAUAUUAAAUUAUACUCCAAUUUUAAAAAAGGUUUUUGUAAAGUACAAUACUCCCCUCCCCUCAAGUGCACCUAUUGAAAGGGUGUUUAGUUUAGGGGCCUGUAUUUUAACAAAAAAAAGAGGGAAGAUGAGCGAUUCUAAUUUUGAAAAAACCAUGUUAUUGAAAAGUAAUUCUAAAAUUAUCUAA